CGAGAUGGAGGAAAGCUGGGAAAAAGAACAACUGUGGGGCACUCUACCCUUCUGAUUCCUUAUUUGUUCUUCUCUGUAACUCAGUGGGUCAUCAUGGGGACAGCCAAGAACAACCACACUGUACUGAAACUUCCCCUCCUUGACAAACCCAAGACACAGAAAAACUAUGCCCAACCUGAGGUUCUGUGUCACACCUUUGAGACCCUGUCUAACCUUCACAAACUGCUGCCAAAUCAUAUGAUGGAGACACUCUACUUCUACAAGAGGGAAGAGGACAAACAAAAUUGUCGGAAUUCUGAAUUCUCUGGCUUAGAAAGGAUCUUAGCAAGACAUCAGUUUCCAAAAGAGAUUAAUCUGACUCCCAAUCCAAGUAGCAUGCCCCUGUGGAGAAGAAAAUGCAUCAACAAUGCAAAUCGUGGGUGGAAGAAAUGUCAAUUGUGGAAUAAAAGCCUUGAGGAACCUCCGAUGUCAACCAUAGUUGUCAGAUGGUUGAAAAAGAACAUGCAACCUGCCGAAGACCUCCAGUCAGUAAUCCAGAGGCUGUCAGUGUUCGGGCCAAUUAAGUCAGUCACCUUCUGUGGACGGCAAAGUGCUAUCGUGGUGUUUGAAGACCUGACUUCAGCUUGUAAUGCUGUGAAUGCUUUUCAAAGCAGGACCACAGGCACAACGUUUCAGUGUUCCUGGCAACAGCGUUUCAUGUCAAAAGAUAAAACAUAUUCAAGAAGAUAUACUGCAAAGUCACAGCCUAAGGAUUACAAGCAGGAAAUUGAAAGAAAAGGCUAAUCAUAGCUAAGGGGACACGAACAGGAAAGUUGCAGUGCUUUUUGGACAUGCAGAACCUACCCGAAGCCAACAAGUUCUAAAUAAUGAAUGCCCAACUUGGUCAUGUGAAGUAGCAGCCACCAUUACUCAUCUUACUACACCAAAUCAAACGAGAGAUCACAAAAAUAGGAAUGAUGCUGAAACACUACAGCUUUUGAGUGAAAUAGGGGAAGAACAGAAAAGCAGGACAAACUCUCACGGCAGGUCGCUUUACCUGAGUUGUCAUUGCAUUCUUUUUGGCUGGCCGGUUCAUCAUGAUCUUUGUGAUGCUGUCUUCAGAGGUUACCACCAGGGUUUCAUAUCCUGGUUGUUUCCUGUCUGCUUCAGGCUUCACUUGGCUGGAGGAGUCAGAGGAAGAACUCAAACCAGACACCAGAUCCACAUAGUUCUGCCUCGCAGUUUCCUGAAGAGAAGAUGACAAAUAACUUCGGCCCAUGGUCAACGAGUAAGCAUUUUGAGAAACUUACAAUGCUAAGAAACAGCACCUUCCAAUGAAGAAAGAAUAGAGGUUCUGACUCAACAGAACACAUCAAGAUCUCACAGGUUCCAUCUGCAAUGGCUUAAUAAUGAGAAGCACCCAACUUCCUUCAGGAGUAUAGCAAAUAAAAUAAUAGCAAAGUA